GGUAGCUCUCUUUCUAGUCUCUGGCGUCCGUUACACUCUCAUUUGCGUGGGUGUUGCCAGAUAGGAAACCAAGUGAUAGGCAUGCACAGACUCCAGAGAAUUUUCAACUGUGAGAUUAGCGACAUCCGUUGCAAAUUGAGAGGUCGGGCCUGCACACGGACAUGAGUAGAUGGCGCUGCGUGCCUUGGGUUCGUUGAAGCUGGUGAUCUGUAGCGGGGAAUAUUUGAAUGGACGUGGGCAACGCGGAGGUGGCGAUGCCGAUAUGGCGCUCGGAGGGAGUGUGGAUGCUCCGUGACCAGGAGUCAUCGUGUGGGGAGCUUGUGAAAAGAGAUUUGCGUCCCCUAUGAAAAAGCGCAAAAGACUGAAUUGCGGUUCCAUUUAAUUCUGGCGAAUAGAUUUCAUGAGGUCGUUUUGUGAAAGCUGUGUGUGGUGGCAGCCUCCCGCCUUUCCACCCAGGCGGGAUGCAAUAUGGUUGUAGUUUUAAGGUUUGGGAUUUGCUAUGAAGACAUGGACCGAUAUGGAAUUGGCUACCACAUUUCUUAUGCGGUUUAGCAGUCGCAGCUAAAUUGAGUGCAGUGCUUUCGCAGUAGAGGAAUUUGAGGUUUUGGAUUUCUGGAGCUUGAUAGGAGGGCGAUUGCCUUAGAGUUUAACAAGAGCUGCAGCGGCGACAAAGUGGAUAUCUUCACCCAUGAUUGCAUGAUGUGGGCGUGAAAAAGAGUGCACAGCAGAGUAGGCAGGAUGGAGGCCGCCAUGGCCUGCAAUUUUAUCAGCCCUCUUGAAGUAGAAUCACUCGCUGCUAAAUCGUCGUUCUGUAGCCGAAGCCCAAUUCUGACUCGUUUUCCUGCUGGGGCUAUUUCCAAUGUCGGUUACCUGGAUUCCACAAUUCGCAAGGGAGACCGAGAUUCUCACCUUCGUAACUCCUCCGCCUCCCGUUCUCGCCUGCCACCUUCGUCAGCGAAAGUUUCGAAGGAGAAGUACGUCGCUCCCAAACACACGGAGAGGACCGGGGACGACGAUGCCAAUUUGAUCGAGGAAAUGAGGGACUUAUUGAAACAAAGACGAACUGAUGAGGCUUGGCAGGUGAUGCAAUUACUCUCUAGAUCAGGAAAGUUUCCCGACCGUCAGUGCACGAGUCGACUGGUUGCACAGCUCUCGCAUCGCGGUGUGCCAUCUUGCUUGGCGCGUGCGCAGCAAGUCCUUACUAACCUCAGAAAAAAUAAUCAAGUCGAUUUAUUGGACAGCGACUCUUUAGGUCUUCUGGCUCUGGCGUCUGCUCGUUCUGGCGCAGCUCGAUACGCUUUGAACGUGCUUAAUCUGAUGUUCGAGAUGGACAUUUACCCGUCGGUGAAGGUGUGGAGUGCAGUUGUGAGCAGGUUAGGAAGGCAUGUGGACGACUGCUUGCUAGCUCUGGAGCUCUUUGAUGAAGUUUGCCGACUUAUCGAAGAAGCAGAAUCACAAGGAAUAGAUGUGAGGUCGGCUAGACCUGACACUGGCGCUUUCAAUGCAGCUUUGAAUGCGUGCGCGACGCUAGGAUUUGCAGCCAAAGGCGAGGACCUCAUGAAUUCCAUGCGCAGAUGUGGCUUGCAGCCAGACAGCAUUACUUUCAAUACCUUGAUUAAGCUGUACGCGAAAUGUGACCAACGGAAGCUUCUCAAGAGCCUGCCAGACGAAAUGGUGGAGAAUAAGGUGAUGCCAGAUGAAUCCACUGUGAAUUCUCUAAUUGCGGGUUACGUCGGGCUAGGGGAUCUUCGUGAGGCGGAAGCGCUUCUAAGGAGAUUGCAAGACAAGUCAGAACAGGGUAAUGACUCCAAGACGAAAUCCAAAAGCUGGUGGGGCGCCCACCUCCGCCCCGACGUUCGUACAUACACAACUCUGAUGAAGGGGUAUGUACAGAAAGGGAGGAGAAGCGAUGCAAUGCGGACGUUGCUAGCUAUGCAGAUGGACAAGGACCCGAGGAGCUCCCCGAACGAGGUAUCCUACACGACGGCUAUCUCUUCGUGCGUCCGGCUGGGUCUUAUGGAUGAAGCGACCGUUGUGUUGCAGGAGAUGCUGAAGCAUAACAUUCCUGUGAAUGUAAUCACGUACAACAUCCUACUCAAGGGAUACUGCAGCGCACGGAAGCUCCAGAAAGCGCACUCAGUCGUGAAGGAUAUGGAGGAGGCUGGAGUUGCUCUGGACGUUGUCUCAUACAACACCCUUAUCAAUGGAUGUAUUGAAACGGGCGACAACGCGGCAGCAUUGGAUUACUUCAAGAAAAUGCGGGAGACAGGAAUUUCUCCCUCUGCGGUGAGUUACACCACUCUUAUGAAGGCUUUCGGACGAAAUGGUCAGCCAAAGCAGGUGCAUCUCGUGUUUGAGGAGAUGCGGAACGAUCCCCGAAUGAAGACGGAUGCCGUCGCUUGGAACGUCCUCCUUGACAGCUACUGCAGGAAUGGUCGCGUGGCAGACGCCAAACGGAUGUUUCUUCAGAUGAAGGAAGACAGAGUGCUACCUACGGCGUUCACAUACGCAACUCUGGUAAAAGGAUACGCUCUGGGAGGCAUGUUAGGCGAGGUCUUAGUCCUGUGGAAGGAGAUCAAGGAGCGAACUGACGAUGAAGUGAAUCCUUUGCAACCCGAUGAAGUGCUGUUAAAUUGUCUCGUGGAUACCUGCGUUCGAGCAGGGUACUUCCAGAAAGCGCUGGAAGUGGUGGCAUGUAUGGAAGAGAAGGGCAUUCCAGCCAACAAGACGAAAUACAAGCGCAUCUUUAUUGAACUCUACUCCAAUCUCUACACGGGCAAGCACGCUUCCCAGAGACGUCGUGACAGGUCUGAGGAGAAGCGGGAUGCUGUGGAAGCGUUCAAGUUCUGGCUUGGCCUACCGAACAAAUACUACAGUGCCGACGAUUGGAAACCUUCGCCAUAGUCUUCAUCGUCGCAACAAGUGUGAAGCCGCCGACCAUCUAAAGUUUGGUGGGGAUCGAGGGGCUUGUAAUCUGGAAGCUUUCAAAAGUGGGCACCAUCUUAUAACUCCUGGCAGAUGAUUGUAACCUUAACUGUAGUAGAUCAAUCCCACGAUUCAUUCCCACAAUUCUUUAUGUAGAUGCACAGCACCCCAUAGGUUUCUUAUUAGCUUUCUGUAGGUGUACAAUACAAGAUCAUGAGACACCGUUGCCACGAUGUUCAGAAACCCAUCCGCAGCUAGCCUCCGCUUGUAAAAUCGUCUUUUCUGUGGUCAGUAGGCUAACCGAGACCCAUAACACACACACGAACACACACACGGAUACCAAGGACAGUUUUCUAUGUUGAACGACCGUGAAGAGAAGCACCCCUUCACGAAACCGUUACAUUUAAUGAAUGAUUCUUGCACUUGCAGGAUGUACCAUGAUGGAUAGAAAUCAAAACAAUAUUAUGUUUCUA